GGGGCGUAAUCAGGAGUUCAGAGCGCGGGCAAGUAGGCUAUGUUGAGCGCGUGGUUCCACGCGCCCACCCUAUUUAUCCACUCCGGUUCCUCUCCUUCCUCUUCGUCCAGUCGCUUGCCCAUGGCCACCUCCGUUAGAAUUGCCGUCGUCGGUGAUGUGCAUGACGAUUGGAAUCUACAAGAAGACACGAAGGCCCUUCAAUUUCUGCAGCCAGAUUUGGUGCUGUUUACAGAUGGGUCCUCCUGGACGACAUGAUAUAUAAAAUGGCCUGGAUUCUGUAUAAUAUUAGUGGACUUGUCAUUGUCCAUGUUAGAUGAGCAAUUCAAAAAACUCACCUGGAAAAAGGAUCAUUCUCUGCUUAAUUUAGGAUGCUACUCUGGCUCUCCUUCACUUAACUUUCUCCUAUUCGGACUGAUAAGAUGGUUGAUCUCCUAAAUGGCUAAGCCUAUAUCUUUUUCUUUCUUAUUUUGGUUUUGCUUUUUGUGUGUUUCGUUUUUUUCCUCUUCUGGGCUUUGUCAGGUGAUUUUGGUAACGAAAAUGUUGAACUCGUUAGAAGUGUUGCUAACCUUGAAAUGGCUAAAGCGGUUAUUUUAGGGAACCAUGAUGCCUGGACUACUCAGCAGUUUUCUGGAAAGAAGAAAGAUGGUGUUCAACUUCAGCUGGAAUGUCUCGGCAAGGAGCAUGUAGGUUAUCGGCGUAUGGACUUUCCUGUGUUAAAGUUGAGUGUUGUUGGUGGACGCCCAUUUUCCUGUGGGGGCAAGCAACUGUUUCGUAAAAGGCUUCUGUCUGCAAGAUAUGGAAUCCAUGACAUGGAAGCUAGCGCAAAGAGAAUCUAUGAAACUGUCUUGGGAACACCAGAGGAUCAUGUUGUACUCUUUCUUGCCCACAAUGGACCCACGGGUUUAGGUUCUAAUAUGAAUGACAUCUGUGGAGUGGACUGGGUGUAUGGAGGUGGUGAUCAUGGUGAUCCAGAUUUAGCACAAGCCAUUUCCCACUUGAAAGAGACAACCAAAUUCUCCAUCCCCCUGGUUGUAUUUGGCCACAUGCAUAAAGAGCUGGCACAUGGAAAUGGCCACAGAAAAAUGAUUGUUGUUGGGGAAGACGACACCACAUACCUGAAUGGGGCCAUCGUUCCUCGGGUUAAAACUUUGAUCAAUGAACAAGGAACCAGUAACACAAGUGUCACAAAUAGUGAAGCCCCUCCUUUCACACCUGAAUCCAAAGGUACAAUUCGGGCAUUCACUGUGGUUGAGAUUCUUGAUGGAAGAUUGGACAAGAUAGCAGAAACUUGGGUUUCAGUCAUAGGAGAUGAGACCAGAGUAGAACAGGAGCAUAUAUUAUUUAAAAGCGGCAUGGAGCUUUCUUCCUAAUUGGAUUGAGACACUAUACAUUGCUUGUGCCAUGCAUCAGUGUACUGGAGAGAGGGACGCUUCCUUCACCAACCCAUGUAUAUAAUUGUUAAAGCCCUUUAAGGGUGUCAUAACUGGUGAACCAAAUAUGGUUUAUGUAGUGAAAUGGGGAACUGGAUUUUAGCAUGUAAGCAUACAAGUGCUGUGAGGACUACUUUGAAAUGACAUCAUUCCCAGUGUUCCCAUAGGUUAUUGCUUUAUGUUUGUUUUCAUCUUAUUGUCAUCCAUUCAUAUUGGAGACCAGUUUUCUUCCUUUGA